AACAAGAUUAUUGCAUUACGUUGCACCCCGGAAGCGGUGCUAUAUAAAUUGCAGUUUGCAGCGACCGCUUUUCGGAAUUAGAAGGUGCGUGUUGCUGGGGGAACAGCAGCUGGUGGAACCGGGGAGCUGCUUCCGUUUUGGCCACGGCGGUGUCAUGGCCGGGGACAGCAUGGCCGAGUCCACGUCCGACUCCGAGCGAUCGGAUCUGUCCGAUUCAGAGCUUCAAGAGGCAUAUUCCAAAGGUUUGCUCAAACCUGGUUUGAAUGUUGUGGAGGAGGCAGGGAAGCAAGUUGUCAACAAUGUGGUGGGUUUGAAACAGUGCUUGGAAGACUUCAAGAAAAACCUGAAGUGGGUGGAGAGGCUUGAUAUGACAAAUGGCCCAGCCACUGACAUCAUUGCAAAGGCUGAAGGGAAAUGUGUGGGAGAGGACAAUUCAAACAUUGAUCCAGAAGAUGACUUUCAGCGUGAGAUGUACUUUUAUCGACAGGCACAGGGCACUGCAUUGGAUGCAUUACCUCGACUACAGCAGCUGAAAAUCGCAACAAAAAGACCAGAUGACUAUUUUGCAGAGAUGGCCAAGUCAGAUCAGCAUAUGCAGAAGAUUCGAGUAAAAAUGAUAUCAAAACAGACGUCCAUUGAAAAGUCUGAAAAGGCUAAGCAGCUCAGAGCAUUACGGAAAUAUGGAAAGAAGGUUCAAGUAGAAGUUAUACAGAAGCGACAGAAAGAAAAGAAAGCCAUGAUGACUGCAGUGAAAAAGUACCAAAAAGGACUUUCUGAUAAACUUGAUUUCCUUGAAGGUGAUAAGGCUUCUUUACAGGGAAAGAAAGAAGGUGGUGGAGGAGCAGCAGUAGGAUCUGCACAGCAGAAAAAAAAAAUAAAUGCAAAAAGGAAAUUUAAAAAUGAAAAGUUUGGUUUUGGAGGAAGGAAAAAAGGCUUAAAGUGGAACACCAAAGAGAGUUACGAUGACGUCUCCAGCUUCAAAGCUAAAAUCGCACAUGCAAAAAACAAUCAUUUUGGAAGAGGAGGAAAGAAAAAUGCAAACAAGCGGCCAGGCAAAAGGAAUCGACAGAAGAUGAAAAACCGAUCACAAAAAUAAACUGAAAGUGGUUUUAUUUUCCAGUCUAGUUUUCCCGCAAUGUGGGAUUUAAUGAACUUGGCUUUGCUCUUUUGUAUAUUUACAUUGUUUACCUGAGGAUGAUGAUACCAAUAGAAGUGAAUUCUGGUAUUGAAUAGUAAGUCUUGGGUUUGGCUGGACCCAUGGUCUGGAAACAUCAUUAACUGCAAGUCAAAAAUAAUUUUAUAAUAAACAGUCAUUGUGCAUUUGAAUUAUUUUGCAGUUCUAUUACUUUUUAGAGGGACUUGUGUGAUGCCGUGAUUAAUCAGCUUGCUAGUGUUUAUCUCCACAAAAUCGUCCAAACCUAACUGGUAAUCUCAUGGGGAUAGACAAUAGGUGCAGGAGUAGGCCAUUCGGCCCUUCGAGCCAGCACCGCCAUUCAAUGUAAUCGUGGCUGAUCAUCCCCAAUCAGUACUCAGUUCCUGCCUUUUCCCCAUAUCCCCUGACCGCUAUUUUUAAGAGCCCUAUCCAGCUUUCUUGAAAGCAUCUAGAGAACCUGCCUCCACCGCCUUCUGAGGCAGAGAAUUCCACACACUCACAACUUUCUGUGAGAAAAAGUGUUUCCUCGUCUCCGUUCUAAAUGGCUUGCCCCUUAUUCUUAAAUAAUGUCGUGUACCGAGUGAUUGAUCUGAAUGGAGAUGAUAGUUGGUUAUGCUGACUAAUUAAACAUUGAUGGCUUUAAAGCAUAUAAUGUCUUGUCUGCCAACCAUGGGGGCUCAAAUGUUGAGUUUGCAUUUUUGACAUGAUGUAUUUCCACCAAAAAUAUUUCCCCCAACAUUUAUCAUAAAAUGUGCAAAUAAAUAAUGCAGUAUGUACUUGUAACUCAAUACUGUGUAAAAUAUUUACAUAAUUUUACAUCUUAUUGGAAUCAUUUUUUCUUUAAAUGUGGCACGUGAACAAAUAGUUGGUGCUUCUGGCACUGAUUCUGUCCCAUCGCCGUCCAAUGGCAAGAGGCCUUAAACUGUGGCCUUUCCCCAUCAAGUCUUUGUGGCGGCUGCACCCAGCUUUGGUAUAUUACGCAGCACAAAGUCUGGGACUUUGCAAUGUACUAAUUUGCAGCAUUCACCAACUUCCCAAGGGCCUUUUUAUGAGGGACCAGAGAUAUGACGUGGUGCAAUUGAAUGGAAUGUUCUUUGAUACUGUUUCCAGAAUCGUACUUCAGAAUAGUAGGCAUAGAACAUCAACAGCUAAUUGGCGCUUGUAUACCCAUAAUCUUCAAGAUUCAAUUUAUUUGUCAUCGUUUUCAAUUGUCAAUCUUUGCAUCGUUUGAAUGAGUCAUAGAGGAUACAGUGUUGAAACGGGCCCUUCGGCCCAACUUGCCCAACAGUCCCACUUGCCUGCACUUGGUCCAUAUCCCUCCAAACCUGUCCUAUCCAUGUACCUGUCUAACUGUUUCUUAAACAAUAGGAUAGUCCCAGCCUCAACUACCUCCUCUGGCAGCUUGUUCCAUACACCCAUCACCUUUUGUGUGGGAAAAAAGUCACCCCUCGGAUUCCUAUUAAAUCAUUUCCCCUUCACCUUGAACCUAUGUCCUCUGGUCCUCGAUUCCCUUACUCUGGGCAAGAGACUCUGUAUCUACCUGAUCUAUUUCCCUCAUGAUUUUGUACACCCCUAUAAGAAACCCCCUCGUCCUCCUGCGCUCCAUGGAAUAGAGACCCAGCCUACUCAUCCUCUCCCUAUAGCUCACACCCUCUAGUCCUGACACCAUCCUCAUCUUUUCUGAACCCUUUCAAGCUUGACAAUAUCUUUCCUAUAACAUGGUGCCCAGAACUGAACACAAUAUUCUAAAUGCGGUCUCACCAACAAGUGACCUUCUAGAAGCUUCUGUAUAGGAUUGGAAAUAAAUUCUUCUUACAAGA